GCUGCCAGGAAGCUCGCUCGCCCAGCGCCAACAACCUUGGACCGUCAAAUUGCCAUCUUCAGGAGCUUCUGCCAGGACAGCAUCCCCUUGAAAGCGGCCCUUAUUCAACGUCCAGAAACCCGCCCGAAGCCGCUUGACCGAUCCUCGAAGAAUCACCACCAUCUGCCAACCUUGCCCUCGCCCACGGCCCCUUUGUCGCCCACCACGAUCCGGCAAGGCAUAGUGAACACGUCCACUUGCGCCAGGCCCUGCGCUCACCCGAACCCGCCGAGGCCUUCUUGGGGCUGUCAAGAUUAGAUAUCUCCCAUCACUCGAGAUGUUAUCCUCAUGGUCGUCGAGCUUGCUGCUCCUCUCGGGGCUCUUUGCAGCCACUGCUCGCGCCAUUGAAGUCCAGCUUGACCAAACCGAGGAUAAUAGACAAAAAUGCCAGGGCAUGUACGACCGCAACGACUGGGGUGGCCCCGUGGAUCCUUUUAUCCUCGCAGAGUUCCCCAACAUCACGGUAGAGGGCGAUGCCGAUCCUAUCGUCAGCUUGAUAAUUUUCGAAUGGAAGGAUGAGUGGCUCAUUGGCGCAGACGCUAACUCGAACGAGCUCAUUUGCGACCCCGAGAACGUCGCCAACGGCUUGUGUGAGGAAGGGGACAUCGGAAAAUGGAUCCUUGCAAAGAAUGCCACCGAUAAGGCUGUCAACCCCAUCCUGACCCAGGCCAUUCACCUGAAGUCCUCCUCGCCGAUAAAUUACCCGAUCAAGAGAACAGGAUACUACUGUGUUGCGGCGUACGGCUACCGUGCGGAUGAGUUCAUGGGUGUCGUCGAGUUCCGCGAGGCAUAUGGCGAGCUUCCUGCGACACAGAUCCCCAAGCUGCCCUUUUACGGAGGCAUCACCAUUCUAUAUGCCAUCGUUGCUGCAUUCUGGGGUUUCCUCUACUACCAACACCGAUAUGAUAUCUUGCCCGUGCAAAACUACAUCACUGCGAUCCUGGUGUUUCUGGUAGUUGAGAUGCUCAUGACCUGGGGUUUCUAUGACUUUUUAAACCGCCAUGGUUCAAAUGUUGGCGCCAAGGUGCUGCUCGUCGUCGUGGCCGUCCUCAACGCCUUCCGCAAUUCAUUCUCGUUCUUCCUGCUGCUCAUUGUGUGCAUGGGAUACGGCGUGGUCAAGCCCUCUCUCGGACCUACGAUGGUUUACGUUCGCUGGCUGGCCAUUGCUCAUUUCGUCUUUGGUUUGGCAUAUGCCGUCACCAGUCUCGUUCUGCCACCUGACGCUGCCAGUCCAUUCCUGCUAUUCGUCGUCCUACCCCUUGCGGGAACUCUGACUGCGUUUUACGUCUGGACCCUGAACUCGCUCAACUUCACAUUGAAGGACCUGCGCGAGCGCAAACAGCACGUCAAGGAGGGGAUGUACAAGAAGCUAUGGUGGUGUAUUCUCGUCAGCAUCCUCGUCAUCUUUGGGUUCUUCUUUUUCAACUCGUUCACCUUUGCCUCGGCUACCUCGCCCGACUUUGUGCCCUUCCACUGGAAGUCGCGCUGGUUCGUGCUCGAUGGCUGGCUCAACCUGGUCUACUUUGCCGAUGUCGCGUGGAUCGCCUACGUAUGGCGGCCCACUGCCAACAACAGGCGUUUCGCCAUGAGCGACGAGAUUGCGCAGGACGAGAAUGGCGAGUUUGAGUUUGCCGACAUUGGCGCGCCAGACGACUCUGAUGACGAGGAGGCCAAUGUCGGCACCAAGCCUCCGGUGAUCUCCACCGCUGCGACACAAUCCGCGCCCAAUGGUGCUUCUGCCUCCGCGGGCGGUUCUGGCGCGGCGUCCUCGAGCCGGGGUGCACCGCAGAGAGUCGCUGACUCUCCUCGCGACUCUUUCGAGGACGGCGAGACGAUAUUCGCGGUGGGCGAGGACGGAGACAAGUUUAGUGAUGACGACGAUGAUGAUGAUGACGACUCGGGGGACGACACUAAGCUCAUCAAGAAGAAAUAGACGACAACCGGGCCGAAGUGGGCUGUCGGUCUACUGAGAAAAGCAGAGGCCGAGUAAAUUUUGGGGCGGAUCUUUGACGUGAUCGGCUCAACUGUACAGCGAUGUUAUGUAGAUGUAGGAGUACAAUUUAUGAUCCUUCGAAGCGUUUUCGAAGAUUUUGCAUUAUG